AUGGCGCUGCGCCCGUCAUCAAGAAGCUCGAGGCUUCAUCACCCAUGUGCCUCUAUGCCGUCCUCGGUGCUGCGUCCCCCCAGGAGCUAUAGCCACCAAGUGAGUGAGCAGCAGCAGCAGCAGCAGCCCGUCGACAGCCAAGAUGCAAGAUGGGCUGUCGGGCAGCCUGCAGUGCAACACCAGACCACCGAACAGACCCCGGCAACGCUGGUCAGUCAUCCUUUGGAUAGGUUCUUCCCCAUCCUGCUCAACGCGCAAGCCGGAAGGAGACAGACAGGGAGCACGCUGCGAGCUUAG